GAGUAAGUCCGGUCGAUAUAGGUCACCAGUUAUAAUUGACGGGCUUUUGUGGCCGGAUAGGUCAGCAUAAAGUUGACAUGGAUUUGUUGUUUGUAACGUUUCAGCGAGAAAGUUUAAAAUAGAAUCAUGUCUCCAAGUAAAGCGCUGAAGGUACGAUUGGCAGCCGGCUACCAUGUGUAAUAGGGUUUCAGGGCACAAACAAAAGGAACAUUCGGGACUUGAAGCUAAACCCCAUCUUGUAAGGUUUUUUCGCGUAGGAACAGAGUUAUUUAGGUAACGGACGGUGAAGUUGAAAAUGUUCUUUGGCAGUUUUGAUUGAGCGGCAGACCAAAGUGUGUUUAACUUUGAAAAGGAAAACUUUGCAACAUUCGAGAAAAAUGAACCUUGACAAAUUAAACGGUGUUGAAGCUUAUCUUCUUGUCCAGAAUGAAAAUCCUUGAGAACUUCCUUUGUUGAAUUAUAUAUGUCAUACUGAAUAUUAGUGUGAUUGUUAGUUGAUUUCCAGAGUUCUUUUAUGGAAUCAUUUGGGGAUGUUUUUAAGGCGUUGCGUAGGACAGUUUGACAUUGGAUAAAUUUGACGGAUGCAGGGAGGAUAUUCAGACCGAAUUUGUUAUGGGUUAAAUAAAUAUUACUUAAUGUUCCAGAAAUGGGUAUUUCAAGCCACUUUCUGAUGUAUUGAUUAAUCAUAGAAUCGAUUGUUUCCGUUACCCAGGUUUCGACAGGGGUGCAACAAUGAGAUGCCAGGAUAUUUUGGAUAGAACGUAGCGGUUAUAAUAAUAAUAAUAAUAAUAAUAAUAAUAAUAAUAAUAAUAAUAAUAAUAAUAAUAAUAAUAAUAAUGGAAACUUUAAUAAUUUUGUUAUAUACUAUAUAUAUACAAUUGUAAAUCUCACUAAUUUAAGGUAACUUACAAUUGGCUAUUUGAAUCACAACUAUAUGAACUAAUAAAAAUGAUAAGACAGAAUACAUGAAAAUAUAUAAAUAUACAAGACAAUCAGAUAUUUCAAAUAGUUAACAAGUCCGGACUUUCCCAUUCCUUAAAUAAUAAUAAUAAUAAUAAUAAUAAUAAUAAUAAUAAUAAUAAAAAUAAUAAUAAUAAUAAUAAUAAUAAUAAUAAUAAUAAUAAUAAUAAUAAUAAUAAUAAUAAUAAUAAUAAUAGACUUACGCUUCUCUUAGAGGACGCGCAGUGUUUCAAUUCUAUUUCAGAACCAUCCUCAGAGAUACGAAAAACUAGUUUCAUAUUAAUCUGACACUGUUUUUCGUAUCUCUGAGGAUGGUUCUGAAAUAGAAUUGAAACACUGCAUGCGCGUCCUCUAAGACAAGCGUAAGUCGUCACGAAAAUAUUUCGUGCACUUAAAUUGGAUAAGACUCGCUAUCAAUCCCUGUUGACUCGAUAGCUCAAUAGGUAGAGCGGCGGUCUAGAUACCCGAAGAUGCGAGGUCAAAUCCCGCUCGAGCCAACGAAUUUUUCGUUGCUCGAUGCAGUGUCAGAUUAAUAUGAAACUAGUUUUUGGUAUCUCUGAGGAUGGUUCUGAAAUAGAAUUGAAACACUGCGCGUCCUCUAAGACAAGCGUAAGUCGUCACGAAAAUAUUUCGUGCACUUAAAUUAGAUAAGACUCGCUACCAAUCCCGGUUGACUCGAUAGCUCAAUAGGUAGAGUGGCGGUCUAAAUACCCGAAGAUGCGAGUUCAAAUCCCGCUCGAGCCAACGAAUUUUCCGUUGCUCGAUUGCAGGGUCAGAUUAAUAUGAAACUAGUUCUUUAUACUUCCUAUAUGCCAUGACUUCGACGAAAACUUCUAAAAGAUUAAGCUCUCAAUGUCAUGUAGAAAAGUAUAGCCAAGUUAGAGUAUAAAGGUUUCGAAGUUUGGGCGAAUUGGAAAAUUCAUCACAGCGCAAUUUUAAUACAAGUGUCUCGGGUUUGUGUUGUAUUUACAGUUUACAUUCAGAAGUGGUUGCUCAAACAGCAAUUUAGUUUACUUUGAAGCUAACAUUUUGCUUUCUAAUUAAGCCACAGUAUAAUAUAAAAUUUUCUGCCUUCCGAGUUCUGUUGUCUUAUAAAGAUAAACUGUUAAAAUUUCAGCGAAAUAUAUUCGGCAUAUGCUGUCUGACUAUAUAAGCCGGAUAUUUCAUACAGUAUAAAUAUGCCAAUCCUGUCCACGUUUUAAAUAUAACCGAACAUCUUUAAUAUCCAAAUCUGAUCAUUAAUGGUGCAUUUUAUUACCUGGACAAGUAUCAGUAUCUUUAAAUUCAAUUUAUGUGCAAUUUUGACCAAAAUUCAACCGACGACUGCUUUCAAAAUAUAUAUUUAUAUUUAUUCCACUCCUAAAUCAACUGACGUUACUUUCCAGAAUUUGGAAGGUAAAUUCUGAUUGGUCGACGUAGCGGAAUUCAGUUUGGCGCUCGGGUAAGCAGACGGUAGUAUUUCGUCGCUUGGCGUGACUACAACGUCUGUGAGCAGGCUAGUACGCCUAUGACGGCUGAACUAAUUUCAUUUCCUGUGUAUCGGAACAUAAAGCAAACAAUAUUUGCGAAACAUAAUUAAUUUAGUAUGCUCAAAUUCUCGAAAUUAAAGUAAACAAGAGGCAUAUACAAUCAAAGGAAUAAUCCAGUAUAAUACAAAACGAAAACUUUCGCAAAAAUUUAGCCACAACAUUCAAUAAUAAUAACUAUUAUCUAAUAACUAGUUUUAUCGCUUCCUUAUAUAUUACUGUCCAUCCUUCCCGCUUUUACAUGCACCCGUAUUUUCGCGAAAAAUUACUCAAGUGAAGCUACAUAUAAAUACUAGGACUUUAUAAUCACGUGCGAGACAUAUUACCACCCGAUAGAGUCACACAUAUACGACAAAAGAAUCUAUUUUUACUGGCUCGUAUUUAUGAAUUCACAAUUGUAUGAAUGACGAAUCGUUAGAUUGUGAUCAACGUGGAUUUCUUAAUACGCUCUCGUUUGGUAUAAACGUACGUUAAUGAAUAAGUGACAUUUUAGUUACAAGCCUGGAGAUGGCUGUCAAAAUUCAGCGGAGUUUAUGCGUCAGUUAGAAUGUGAAAACAUAUGGCAAGAUUGAGUCAUCAAAUGCGAUAUUAUUUUCUUAUCCAAUCUUUUUUGUUCACGUUAUUAUUAUUGACUGUUGUAGCAAUAUUUAUUGGAAAGUUUGUAUUUCAGCCGUUGGUACUUGUUACGGAAUGGCUGUGUAAAGCUAUAUAUAGACUGUGUUAAACAUGGUUAAAAAUAUUUUGACUUUGUUGUUUCUGAUGACAUUUGCCGACCCUCGACUUUUUACUCUCGAUCGACUCUCGACUUUUUACUCUCGAUCAACUCUCGACUUUUUACUUUCGACUCUCGAGUUUUUACUCUCGACUCUCGACUUUUACUACUCGACUCUCGACUCUCGAUUUUUACUUUACUGUAACAUCUACACCACACAACUUUCGAAUUUCAAACUAUAUCCCAUGAUAAAGUUAGGGAGGAAAUUAAGCAAAUAAAAACUGCUAAAUCAUCGGGCUAUGACAAAAUCUCUGUGAAACUAUUGCAGGUUAACCAAUCUCUUGAGACUGGAAUUUUUCCAGAUGACAGGAAAAUUGCCAAAAGUAACACCUAUCCACAAAUCAGAAGAAAAAACCCUAUUCGAUAAUUAUAAGCCGAUUUCUGUCAUUUCUAUAGUUCCCAAAGUAUUUGAGAAAGUUGUACAUGAACAAUUAAUGAAAUAUUUGGAACACCACCAAAUAAUUUCCAAAUUUCAGUCUGGUUUUCGUGCAAAUCAUUCAACUAAACAUCAUUACUACAUGUAACUAAUAGCUGGUUAGAAAACAUGGACGCUGGUUCGAUUAAUGGUGUCCUAUUUCUGGACCUCAAAAAGGCUAUUGACACGGUAAACCAUAUCGAAAUUGGGAUGUUAUGGGAUUCGUAGAUUAGCACUGUCAUGGUUUCAGUCAUAUCUUAGUAAUAGGAAACAAAUUUGCAAAGUAAAUAACUCACUAUCAACCUUCCAAAAUAUUACAUGCGGCAUGCCAUAAGGAUCUAACCUUGGGCCACUCCUGUUUACAAUUUAUAUAAAUGAUCCGCCAAAUAGUUUAGAAAUAAUAGGUUUUGUUUGUGGAAACACCACGUAAAUUUUUUUAAUUUUUUUUAAAUUUUUUUUUAAUUUUUUUUUUUUUUUUCCCCCCACAAACAAAACCUAUUAUAUUUUAUCACCAUGCAAACAUACAAAGAACUUAGUUUAGAAAUAACUGAACCCACCAUGUUUGCUGAUGAUGCAAGCUUAACUGCAACUGGAGAGUCUUCUUUUGAAAUUGAAUACAAAUUGGGGGUGGAAAUCCAAAACGUUAAGACUUGGUUGGAUGCAAACAAAUUAACAUUAAAUGAAGAAAAAGCCGGGUAUAUGCUAAUCGGCUCAGGAAAGCGCUUAAAACAGAUCAGAAAUGACCCUAUUAUUAAAAUUAGAGAUCAUAUAAUCAAACGGGUUUACAAGAAAAAGGUCUUAGGCUUAGAAAUAGACGAUAAGUUACAAUGGACAGAACAAGUUGAAAAACAAACUAAAAAGAUUUCUUGUUCUAUAGCAAUGUUACGAAAAGUGAAGCCUUACGUACCUCAAGCAACACUACAGAUGAUGUACAAGUCAUUUGUGCUCCCCUAUUUCAACUAUUAUUCAACUAUAUAGUAUGAUGGUAAUAAAAUGUACGCCGAAAAAAUACCAGUUCGGGCUUAGAAGAACGAUCUUCUGCUUAAAUGGACAAAACUACAAUCAAUACUAAAAAAGCGAGAAUUAGUGAUGACAUUUAAAGCACUUAGGGGUAUGGCUCCAGAAUACUUAAUUAACACAGAUGUUUUAUGUCUCCGUUAACCAAACCUACCAACUACGAAAUAAUCAUCAAAAGCUUUACCUACCAAAACCUAAGACGAAUUUUUUAAAACGAAGCUUCUCCUAUAGAGGAGCAGUUUCAUGGAACCAAAUUUUAAUGGAAAAACUUCCAAUUAUAGAAAUACCUGAAACUUUCAUCAGUUCUUGUUGUAGAUGGCUUGUGUUUUUGAAUUGGGAGGUCAUCCUUCUAAACCAUACGUUUAUGUAAAUAGAGUAUAUUAUGCAUGAUUGUUUUAUAGUUAAAAAUUUUAAUAUUUUUAUAAUAAUUUACAGUAAGUGUGCACGGGCCUUUGAAAAAAAGGCUACCGUGAAUAAUUAAGCUUAAAUAACUCUCGACUAUCGACUUUUACUCUCGACUCUCGACUUUUACUCUCGACUCUCGACUUUUAUUCUCGACUCUAGACCUAUAAUCUCGACUCUCGACGCUCGACUUUUAGAUCGAUACACUCCAUAUGAUUUGUUUUAUUACAUACCCUGCAUAAUUAUGCAUAUUCAUGCCGAGUAAAAUAUCAAAUUAUGUAAAAAGAGUUUACCCAUCUAUACAAGUCUACAGAGAAAUUGCUGGUAAGAAAUAUCAGUGUUUCACUGUGCUUGAAUCUUUGCAUUUAAUUAAUGAUAAAUAUCUUUACAUUUCAGAAUCUUGUGGACGCAAUGGAUUUAAUUUUAAAUGCCCUAAGAGCAUUUGCUUUAAUUAAAGCUUAUAUGGCGUCAGCCAGCCACAUUUGCCGAUUUCGUAAAUAAUGAAUUGCCAGGUGCAUCGCUUCAACCAGACCAUACGUCAUAAUUAUAUGCAAUGACGUCAGGCGAGCGAGCUUAAACAAGAUCGGACAAAACUUGCUGAGUAGGUUUUUUAGCGUCUCUCCACGUGUGUGAUACAAUAGAGUGAUUAAUCUUGGCUUACUAUGUCUAUGAAUAGCUCGAGUCCCUCACAUGGUAAAAUUGUUAUCGAAAUUAAUAUAUAACGGAGUUAUAGCCGUACCUUUGCUCGGAAGAGAUAAAUUUCCUCAGGUAUAUUGAAGGAUUUUUCGUAUGUUUACAAAAUUAUAGCCAGGAACCUAUUUGUCACAAAAAUCAAGACAUAUAUAUUUUAAACAGAAUUAAACAGUUGCUAAUCCCGGGUUGUCAACGUCGUUGUUAAGGUCAAUAUUUGCAUGUUGUUCAACAUUAUUUACCAAAUCUUCUACAUACAUAUAUACUGUUAAGAUGACCGAGUCAGAUCAUAAGUAAGCUUAUCAAGAAUAUAAGUUAGAAUUGGAACAGUUGUAAUAUAUUUUGCGAUAAAAAUAUGGGGUUGUUAUAUAUGUUGUUAUGUGUUGCUAAGUCAUUAGCGACGCUUGGGUGCAUGCAUAUAUAAACGUACAAAAUAUUUGUACACUAAUCAGGCGGGCGGGUCGCGCGGGUAGAAAGAGCGGGCUUUGCAGGCAAAAGUCUGCACAAGAUUUCUGUUUUAGAAUACAUUUAUUGCUGUCUAGAGAUAAACACAUGGAAGUUAGAGGUCAUGAUAUAUAAUUGUCAAGCGAUUUCUAUAUUUUAGUGCUAGGUUUUUAAAGUACUAAAACUCGGAUAAGGUGAAUCAAUUUAAGCUAUAUUAAAGCACACCGUUUGCUAUGUGAAACUAAUUAAAGGAUUAACUUUUAUCAGAGAUUUGCAUUUUCUAAUGCGGAUAAAUACGGGUAGAUUAGGAUAUUUAUUGCGUGUGCGGGUUGAAACACAACAAUAAGGAGGCUUAUAUUGGAGGAGAGAAAGCAAUUUAGACAAGACAGGAGCGCUUUGCAGCCAAAGGUUUACACAAGAAUUCAGUCUUAAAUACAUUUAUUUCUUCGAGACGUUUACAAAGUCAAUGUGUUCUACUUCUUAGAGCAUAAUGUGUUUGAUUUUAUUUAAAUUACGCACAACAAUUUAAAUUUUUUAUUGUAAUAAGAGUCGUUUGGCUUAAUUGUUCAUUCGCCAUGGUUUCUAUACUCCUAGCCUACAUCGACCCUACAUCGACCCUACAUCGACCCAACAUGUACACCGACCCUACAUCGACCCUACAUCACACCCACAUGUCGCCGUAAAAAAUAUGAAUGAUUCUUUCUUAUCAUUAUCUUUAUCUUCCUUAUCCUAAUCUUCUUAUCUUGAUCUUCUUAUCUUUAUCUUCUUAUCUUUAUCUUCUUAUCUUUAUCUUCUUAUCUUUAUUUUCUUAUCUUUAUCUUCUUAUCUUCCUUAUCCUUAUAUUCUUACUUUUAUCUUAUUAUCCUAAACUUUAUCUUCCUUAUUUUUAUCUUCCUUAUCUUCCUUAUCUUUAUAUUUUUAUCUUCCUUAUGCUUAAUAAGCUUCCCCUAUAUUAAUAUGUUCAACACAACUUAGGCUGGGAGCCAGCUCUAUAGGCUCGGAGGCAGCUCCAAUAGGCUCGGAGCCAGCUCCUUAGGCUCGGAGCUAGCUCCAUAGGCUCGGAGCAAGCUCCAUAGGCUCGGAGCAAGCUCCAUAGGCUGGGCGCCAGCUCCGAGCCUAUGGAACUGGCUCCCAGCCUAAAUCGUGUUGAAUAUAUCAAUAUAGCGGGAAACUUAUUAAGCAUAAGGAAGAUAAAAAGAUAAAGAUAAGGAAGAUAAGGAAGAUAAAAAUAAGGAAGAUAAAGAUAAGGAUAAUAAGAAAAAGAUAAGAAGAUAAGGAUAAGGAAGAUAAGAAGAUAAAGAUAAGGAAGAUAAAGAACAGGAGGAUAAUGAAGAUAAGAAUAAUGAAGAUAAAGAUAAGGAUAUCUUUUCAUACUCUACUUUUAAUGAUCGAUCUUUACUCAACUUCUUGUUGACAUUGGCUAGGCGUAUUUUGCUCGGCUGUUCGUUAGUACCGUACAAUCUGGCUCCAGGAAUCCAUGGUACACUUACUUCAUAUCGACCGUCCUCUUGCCUUGUUACACUUUCUCGAAAGUCAGUCAGCACCUCCAUCUGGUCUUUCUCGCUUCGGUCCUCAACACCGAGUACAUCCAAACUGUGAAGCUGCUCACACUCAUUGGUCUCUAUAACAAACGUACUUGCAGGGAGGUGAGUCCGGGAUUGGACGCACCGAGGGUGGCUGGAAGUUUCCCGUUUGUUCUGUUCUGAUUCUGCUGUAAGUUUUAUCUCCCAAGAUGAGGUGUAUUGGAUAGUUGCCUGAACGCACCAUGUAGAACAUCUUAUCCUUUGCAUGACAAAAUUACUGUUUCAACUGGCUAAUGUCGGGUCUUUGUACUGUUGUGAAGUCGCGCAUCUUGAAACCGGUUACUUGAAUCUCUUCUUGCACAGUUCCAUCCAGGGAAUUAAUACUAACUUGGUAGAUUGGCAUAAAUUGCUUACUGAUACCAUUCAAUGUUACAAUCUCUCAUGGUGAACUGCAGUUAACUUCAGUUUCUUUGCUGCAUCCCGAGAGAUGAAAUUCCUUCCAGACCCUGUGUCAAGAAACGCCCACAAUGUUUCUUCGCCUAUUUUGACAGGAACUAUGGCUGGGAGGGACUUUUCUUCUACAAAUGUACUGUAACCAUGUAACACAGGCUCUGUAGCUGGUUUAUCUGGUUUCUUCUUGUCACACAAGCUGGUAUGGUGUUUCGAUCCACAUUUAAAACAGGCACGACUACGACAUUGGUUUCCCCGGUGCCCUGCUCGUCCACAAUCAAAACACAAGUUCUUUUCGACGAAAAACUUCUUUGUUCCAUUGUCGAAAGUGUCUUACACUCAUCACUCCAAUGCUCUUCUUGGCAAAACAUGCAAUGUGGGUUUUGUUUUCCUUCAUUCUUGCGAGUGAACCAAUUUCUAUCCCUACGUCUAUCACUUGGGAGUUUUGAACUCACAUCUACCUUAUUUCUCCUCAACCAGGCUUGUAGAUUUUUAAUAAGAUCUUCCAUAUUCCAAUCUUCCCACUUUUCAUCCACUCUCACGAUGUCAGGUUUGACAUGGGGCAACUUAUUUAGGGUGGUCAUAACAAAACCUUGCAACAUAUCUCCCUGUCCCAAAGUCUGCAAGGCGUCAUAGUUAUUGCUAAGUUUUUCAAAAAACUCCUGAACCUUUUCAUAGCUUGACCCUUUCGCCGCAUCUAGAUUGAUUAUUUCGUCCAAAUGUGCAUUAAUUACCGAUUUGGUUUGGCCAUAUUCUUGCUUAAGUCGAUCCCAUGCCAUUUUAUAUCCCAAACUGGUACUUGAUUUUAGAUUUGAUAUGCGAUCUCUUACCUUUGGCAGAACUGAUUCAAGGGUAUAUCCAAACUUUUCUUCAUCUGAGAUGGGUCUUUUAUCGACUUGUGUGAGAAACAUAUUCUAAAAACGAACCCAAUAUGCGGCAGUUCCUUUAAAUGCAGUGAUUUUCAGUUGAGGAAGUUUCGCUAGACUGCUUUUCCCAGAUUUCUCCAUUUCGAUUUUUCUUUCCGUCAUUUGCAGCUCAGCGGCGAACUUUUCCUCCCAAAUCAACUUUUCUCGCUCUCGUAAUUCGAUCAAACGUUGUUCAUCCUUCUCGCGUUGCACAUUUUGUUUACGUCGCUCUGCUUCGUCGUCAAUUUCCCUCUGCCUUUUUUCAAGAAUUUGCGAAAGCUUGUUCAUUUUAGGCACCCAUUGCGCGUUCUUAUCCUUCGUGUCCUUUUUCCAUUGUCGUAUUGCUCUCUGAGUUAAUUCAGCUCCUCGAUAAAUUUUAAGCUCUUGUACACUUGCAACAAGAUUAUUUACCUUGUCAAAUAUGGCGUCUGUUCGUUUCUUUACAACUUCGAUCUCUGCGUAAUCGUCUUCUUCAAUAAUAUCGUCAAUUGGCUCGAGAUAGUACUUUAGUUUUUCGAUUUCCUUGUCUAUUUCAACUUCCUUCUGUUUUUCUGCUGUCUCCUCGCUCACUGUUAUAUGUUCCACGUCGUACAAAUCGAUAAAUUUUCGUAUUUACAUGACCAAAUAAUGUGUUGUUGUCGUUAAAUCACUCGUUAAAUAUUUAAAUUACCGUUCGAUUUUUUGUUCAAUCCUGGUCACGGCACCACUUAUAUACCGAACUUCUCUUAUUAAAUUGUUAACAGGUAUAUAACCACAGAAAUCACAAAGACAAAUUACAUUUAUUUGUAUAAAAAUAUAGAAUUCUCACGCUCACAAAUCACUUGUUUUUUUUUGUCUCGUCUCACAUAAUCUAAUAAUAAACGACCCCCCAUCAACAUGCUCUUAAUGUUUCUUUUAUGCAAACGUCAAUCAUGCUUACGUCACUUAUAUGGGGGAUCCACUAUUCCGUACAUGUAUAAGUCAUUGACAUAAGUAAAUUUUAUGCAUAAAGAAACUGUUUAAGAAGCUGCUUUAAAUUCCCAAGAGCAGAAAAUCGCGUACUUUACAAGGAGAUGUUCUUAACUAAAUUUUAAUACAUGCACCUUGUCAAUAUUUUACGUAUCAUUACGUUCAGUUUUUGGUAUAGGGCAUGCAAUUUUAACAAUAAUUGAUUUUCAAUAGUUUUCGGGUUUUUUGGGACACCCUGUACAUAUAUAUAUAUAUAUAUAUAUAUAUAUAUAUAUAUAUAUAUAUAUAUAUAUAUAUAUAUAUAUAUAUAUAUAUAUAUAUAUAUAUAUAUACAUAUAGUUUUUCGUUUUACCUCAAAAAACCACAACAGUCUGUUUCAGACUGUAUAGGAAUCAUCAGACUGUUGUGGUUUUUUGAGGUAAAACGAAAAACUAUAUUGCGCUCUACCUAUAUAUGGUAUUGAGCACUGUUUGUGUUUCGUAAACCAAAAUCUUAAGCUAUAUAUAUAUAUAUAUAUAUAUAUAUAUAUAUAUAUAUAUAUAUAUAUAUAUAUAUAUAUAUAUAUAUAUAUAUAUAUAUAUAUAUAUAUAUAUAUAUAUAUAUAUAUAUAUAUAUAUAUAUAUAUAUAUAUAUAUAUAUUGUAUAUCUAGUUAAAUACCUCAUGAAUAGUUUAAUGAGGUAUUUAUCUAGAUACAUACCUGUUUUAAACUAUUCGUGAGGUAUUCAACUAGAUAUAUACCUCUCCAUGUGUGUAUUGAGCAAUUCAAAUUCAUACAUCAGCCCCGCUCUUCCCUGCUGAAAAUCGAAUCCCUCCCGGGCGUUCAGACGGACGAGUAAUUACGCUAGAUACAAGGUCUUAAAUAACAAAAGAAAGCGACUCAAGCAUGAAAUAACUACAGUUAGUGCGAAAUACACCAUUCAAUAUCUCGUCAACCAAAUAAAUUCUACAGUAUGAGAUAAAUAUUUCAUUCACCUAGAAGGUAAAGACUGUGCUGAUAUAUACAAAAACGGAAAAACAGAAAGUGGACUUUAUCAAAUUGAUCCAGAUGGCAAGGGCACUUUCAAUGUCUUCUGUGAUAUGACAACAUCAGGAGGAGGCUGGACUGUGUUUCAACGUCGCCUUGAUGGAAGUGUUGGUUUCUACCGAAGAUGGAAAGAUUACAAACACGGCUUUGGUUAUCUGAAUGGUGAAUUCUGGCUCGGACUGGAUAAGAUCAAUAGAAUUACAAGUGCUUCACACAGCAAACUUCGCGUCGACAUGGAAGACACUUCUGGAAACACGAAAUAUGCAGAAUAUGAUUCUUUUGCCAUCGCUAGUGAACAGCAGCAGUAUAGAUUGAGUUUUGGAACUUUUAAUGGUAAGUGUUUCAUUAAAUAAAUUAACUGAGUUUAUGGUCAUAUAUCACAAAUGCCAAUGAGAACACUUUAGAGAUAGUGCAUGUAAACAAUAUCAGUUAUUUAAUUAUGCCGUACCUAUCCUAAACAUAUAAUUAAGGCAUCACAAAUUUUUAUUGUAUAACAUGUGAAAUAAUACUGAUAAUUCAAAUAAUUACAAAAUUUCUUGUCAGUGUAUCAACUAAUUGUGUAUAAAAAAAUAUAGUGGGGCACUACCAUACAUCUUGAACGAACAAGCAGGUUUUGUCCGCAUUGGUUUUGUUAUUCGAAACCGCACCAUGGCCCCACUGAGGUAUUUAUCAAUUGUCCUGCUGGGGCCGGUUGUUCGACAGCCAAAUAGCUUUACCCAACAUAAAAUUCAAAACAAAUUUCUAACAGCUUGUUUAUAAAUAUGGAAAUAAUUCUUUAGAAAUAUUGUUUGGAUUAGUAUGGUUUUUCUUGUCGGAACUUUGGAACAGACGUGCAGAAAAACAUAAAUUAAAGCAGCAGGCUCAAUUUUAACCCACGGUUAGCGCUAAUCCAUCUUUGAAUUACAACUAAAAUUAUAUUACAAUAUAUGCUUUCAUGAGGUUUCGACGAAAAGUUUUUCCUUAGUUUUGAAAUAAUUACACAAUUGGCCCUUAAGAAAAAUCUGUGUUUGGGGGGCGGAGGAGGGGGGGGGGGUGGAGCUCUGACGAAGCCUAUAAUUGAUCCUACAUUAUCUCAAAGGUUCAACCUUUUUCUAGAGCGAGUUUAAAAGACGGCUACAAAUAAUAAGUUUGAAAUUAGCAGAGAAAACUUUAUGGAAGAUUUAUGUUAUUAUUUUAGGUACAGCAGGGGAUUCUCUCUCGUACCAAAAAGGGAUGGCUUUCUCAACAUAUGAUUCCGACAAUGAUGAAAAUGGUAGCAACUGUGCCAGGGAGUACAAAGGUGCCUGGUGGUAUAAGAGAUGUCAUCACUCCAAUUUGAAUGGUCUGUAUCUUUAUGGGACACACAAGUCGUAUGCUGAUGGUGUCAACUGGUACCAUUUUAAAGGACAUUACUAUUCACUGAAAUCAACAUCAAUGAAAAUCCGGCCAAGCGCUUUCUAA